AUGGACCACGAGAAGCUGGCUCGCAUGCAAAAUGCCGUCCGCAUUGGCAAGGGAACACCGAGAAGGAAGGUCAAGAAGGUGCACAAGAGCGCCGGCACCGACGACAAGAAGCUGCAGGCCGCAUUGAAGAAGAUGAACGUGCAGCCGAUCCAGGCCAUUGAGGAGGUCAACAUGUUCAAGGCGGAUGGCAAUGUCAUUCACUUUUCUGCACCAAAGGUCCACGCCUCCGUCCCCUCGAACACCUUCGCCAUCUACGGCAACGGCGAGGACAAGGAGCUGACCGAGCUCGUCCCCGGCAUCCUGAACCAACUCGGUCCGGACUCCUUAGCAUCGCUGCGCAAACUUGCGGAAAGCUACCAGAGCUUGCAGAAGGGUGGUGAGGGCGAGGAGGGCAAGAAGGAUGACGAUGACGAUGAGAUACCGGAUCUGGUUGAGGGCGAGAACUUCGAGAGCAAGGGUGAUGUCGAGUAA